AUUUUAUCAUAGCUAGUAGGGAGUGGUAGACAUAGUCAGAGAGAGAGAGAGAGAGAAAGAGAGAGGGAGUUUAGGAUAUGAUGGAAGAAUGGAAUGCACCUGACAGGUACUAAUAACAAGUAAAAAAAGCCAUGAAAUGAUGUUUUUGAAGGGGAAAGAAGCAUUAUGGAAGAACACGCAAAGGAAGAGUUGAAGCUGCUUGAAGCUCAAUAUCCCAACCAACAUGAACAUCUAAAGAAUGAGCUUAGGUCAUUCAUCUUUCAACUCCAGACCAAUCACCAGGAUUCUGAACAGCUUCCAGAAAACAAUAACUUCAGCACUCACCUUGCUUUCUUUGAUACAGAAGAAUCCACCAGCUUAGGGGAGCAACGGAAGAGGAGUGACUAUGAUUUGGAACUUGCUUUGGCAGACAGAUUAGUGAUAGAGAAGAUUGGUGGAAGUUCUGAGCUUGAAACUCCUAAGAGUGUUGUGGUGAAGCAUUUCUCAAGCAGGAAGAACAACAAGAGGAAAGAUAGGGUCGAUUUGGUUCUUGAGAGGGCACAAGUUUGUCUCAAAAAAAUUAAACACUUGAAGACAUUCUUAUUGUCUCCACCUCCUGAAAUUUGAACGUUCUCUUAACAAAGCUGUCCAGAAACAAAACUGUCAAUUUUGUGUGGUACACAACAAAGGUACAAUCUUGAAUAAGGGUACAACGGGUGCAUAUCCAUGUAGCAGUACACUUUAUAAAAAAGAAAGAAACAUUUUUUACUCUUUUUGGCUAGACCAUUUUGAAUUGAAGAAUCAGAAAGGCCAAAAUUGUGACUCUGAAUAUGAAUAUUCAAAUAAUGACCCUGCAUAUUUUUCAAUUUACUAAAAAGUGUUAACAUGGUACAUAGAAAUUGAUUGGGACAUAUGAUCUCGGACUAUGUAGUAACUUUUCUUGCACCUUG